ACUAGUCACUACCGUACUUCGAGCCCACGGCCAAACUAAAUCAAAAGUUGAAGGGCAGUACCGAGGGAGCACGCUGGAACGGCUGCAGGUGCCAUUUUUCUGAUUUCGAUACUACUAGACAAUACAAAGGAAGCGUGCUGCAGGCGCCAGUUUCCUGAUCAUCUCCAAACUACUAGGCAGUACAAAGGGAGCGCGCUGCAGGCGCCAUUUCCCUGCCAGAUCUCCAAAAAUGGCUGCCAUCGCUCGUUUCAAGGCUGCGCAGCGCUCUUAUCGGCUCCAGGAGCGCCUCCGCAACGUCAAAGACAUGAGAGUCCGAGCUUUGAGCUUGAUCUUUCUCCUUGCUGCAAGCGUCUUCCAGGGCGCGUCGGCGCAGCCGAUCGGCUGCGUAGUGGAUGGGGAAUGUCUAGCUGGAUCGUGCUGCACUGCAGCAUCCACACGUGAUCCAGGGUAUUGUGGAACCACCUGCGGCACGCAGUGCUGCGCCGCCGAAUUGAACAUGGCAUGCAGUGGCGAUGCAGCUACAUGUGGAGCAGGGUCAAUUGGCGGAGAAGAUCCCCAUUUUGAACUCACUGGACUUCCAAACGGCACAGAAUUCACGUGGGAUUUCCAUGGCAUUGGCAACCAAACGUAUUGCAUGGUUGCAGACUCCUUCCUUGGCAUGAAUGUCCAUAUGUUCAGCAAGCCAGCUGACGUCACUAUCUUAGAGCAAAGGGCAGAAGUUGACAAUGACUUCUUUGAAGGUACUUGGAUGGAUGAGAUGGGAAUUAUGUACUUCAAUGAGCACAGUGAGAAGCAAAGCCUGGAGAUUGUGAUGAAUCACUCAAUCGCACGCACUUCUGGAGACCCUCUCAUCAUCCGCUACCUUGGGAAGGAUAUCGCAACACACUUGUUCAAGGAAGACGAAGUCAGCUGGACCAGUCCGGACAAGAGCAUCAUGGCAACUCGUUCUUCCAACUUCUCCGUCUCAAUCUCCAUCCCAAGUCUCCUAACCAUGGAGGUCGAGGUGGAAAAAGAAACGGAGCUCAUCACCGAGCCACCAAUUUACUACCUCAACUUUAAAAUCAAGAUGAUCGCCACGACGCCAAAAGUGCAUGGAUUUCUGGGCCAGAUGUAUGCUCCCGGAGCGGUAGAGAAGCGCCUGAAAAUGGGCACUCUUGACGGGUUUCAUCACCGCGAGUACGUCGAAGGGCCGGACGAGGACUACCUGACUUCCAAUCUGACCGAAACUGACUGCUCCUUCAACCGCUUUGGAACGAACCUCAGCGACGGCGAGACCGAGAGCGAGGUCGUGUUCGGCGCCUUCUCGUCCACCUCUGAGCGAUCCGGAAUUCCCGGGCGCCGACUCCUUAAAGCCACAACCGCUCGAGAGUCGCGCCGGCUUCUCGAAGCCAUGACCCGGGGAUCACAGUGCGAGUGCGUCCCCCUCUGCAAUGGAUCCCCGUGCACCGACUCCUGCUGCAACGGCGUGUGCACCAAAACCGACGGGGAUGACGCAAACAACUGCGGGGGCUGCGGGGUUUCAUGCAACGCCAACAACGCGCUUGGAACAUGCGUUGCUGGCGUUUGCCAGUUCUUUGGCUGCCAAACGACCUAUGCUGAUUGCAACUCGAACCUCCAGUCGGAUGGCUGCGAGGUGAACCUGUUUACAGGAGAACCUAUUCCAGGAUCAGACGACAUCCAAGGGUGCGGCUCCUGUGGAAGGUCCUGCUUACAAUCUGAAAUGAACGCGUUGCCACGGUGCUCGGGUUUCCAAUGUGACUAUGUUUUUUGCACAAUCGGUUACGGGGACUGCGACGGGUUCCGGGCGAACGGGUGCGAGAGGCGUCUGGAUGACGUCCAGAAUUGUGGCGCGUGCAACAACCGCUGCUCUUCCCAGGGCGGCAUACCUUUUUGCCCCGGCGGCGGAAUAUGUGCCAUUCAAUGUAACUUUGGCCGGGGGGAUUGUGACCGUGACGACGUCAACAGCCAAAAUGGUUGCGAGACCGACUUGACUACUAUUCAAAACUGCGGAGGGUGCGGGAUCCAGUGCCUUCAGCGUUCGUUUGCACCUCCACCCCAGUGUGUUAACCGGAAUGGUAACCUGGUGUGCCUUUGAGGCCUUGGUAAGUAUAUGCGUGUGUGAAUGCAGCUACGCCAAUCAGUGCAGAACCAACAUGUCGGAACAUAGCUUUGAAAGUGGUCGAACCUUUGGUCAGCUGCAGGCUUUACUACUAAUUUCAAAGUCGCCCAGGUUGGUGUUUGAACCCUUGGCCAGAGGACUCAAUUUGCUCCCCAAGGAUGGAUUGGAUUGGUAGUUCUAACCGACACGCAGCCGUCGGGAGGAAAGUUCUCGUGCGAGCGAUCGUGCCAAGCCUGGUGUCGGUCUAAGGCAGGAGCUAGAAAACUUUAUUGCCCCUCGGCAGAACAACUCUCACGUCUUGAGAAGGCAAUGAUUUGAUAGAUGCAUGAUCGGACCGACGUUGGCUCUUGUUCCGUUAAGGAAGAGAUGGGACUGGGUACCUUAGAUGCGGCUGGCAACGGCAAUCAAGCUUGAAUAGUAAAAUAGUAUCUUUCAAUGUUGUUGAUUGAACGUUUUUGUUUGCGCG